AUGAAAAGGAUGCACAUGCACCUACUGCUGCUGCUACUGCUGCUAUGGCUGUCCCUUUGUGUGGAAAGCAUCAGGAAAACCCAAGACACAAAAAAGAAAAAUAGCUUAAUCAAAACAGCCAAGAAAAAAGUAGUUCGAUUUACCCGCAGAUAUAAAAAGUCAUACAAAUUGAAGGAAGUAGAUGUACUCGGUAGGUACGAAGUCAAAGCUUACUUCUUCUUCGAUGACUCGUUCGAAAAAAGAUUUAAAUGGAAUUUAUAUUACAAAUUUUGCAAAAGCAGUACCCCUAGCAUCUGUAAUUAUGUAAAGUUACGAAAGCAGUUCGAAAAAUGGUACGAUGACAAAAAUUUUUCGAUAAAAAAAUACAUGUCUGAUGUGAAUUUAGUUUAUAAUCAGUUUUACAGUAAGUAUUCUAUAUUGCAAUUCGACAUAAGCUUGGAGGCUAACAACGUUUUAAAAAUUUCAAAAGUACCUAACUUGUCUGAUAUAUUAAUGGAAUCAUUGACCAAUUUGAUUAGUCGAAAGAAGCUGAAACCUCCAUCGGAUGUUCCUUCUUGGCGUCUGUCCUUUAACUACAUCACAGGGGUGAAGAAGCUCGUUGUCAAGGCCCCCUCACAGGUUCCAGGAAUGAAUUUUUACUUUUUCUUCGUUAUCCCGGCUUAUAAAUAUUAUUAUUCAAAUUUGUUUACCAGCAUCGGAGAUAUUUAUUUCAAAUACGAGUGGGGAAUUAAUAAAUACAAAGUUGGGUACUUCACCAUGGAGUCGAUGUAA